GUGGAAGCUGCGAAUAUUCUUAAUUAUCGGGGCUCUAUCCACUCGCAGUUCGACAAAUUCCACUCACUGCCCCUCACUAAACCAGGCCCGACAAUUCAAUUUCGACCAUCGAUCCUCUUUCUACACCCCAAGCCAUCACGCAACCAUGCCCCGAGCAACGCGAUCCUCCCAAGCCGCCGGCGUCCGGGCGAUAGUCGAACCCAUCGCAUCGUUCUAUGCCCUUCUCUCCACGUUCCCCUACCUCCCCGCCUCGGACAUCCUGACCCCUCCCGCCGCCGGCUGGCCCCUGGCCGACAUCGUCAACUUCCGCAAGCUGGGCAAGACGGACUUGGUCGUUGAGGUGUUGAAACACCUGCCAUAUAUCCGCACUGAUGGCGAUCGAGGAUGGCGCCUAGGCUACGACGACACGAAGCCGAUUACUUAUGUUAAAGUCCCAGGGACGACCACGGAGGAGGGGAGCGGGGGUUGCAAGCUUGCGGGGUUAGAAGACGGGGUGGAUCAUGCGGUCUUGUGGGAUAUGGGGCUUGAGCCGCAUGGUCAGAAACUAGAUUCGCAUGUAGUGGCGCUGACGAAUGGGUGGCAGUAUGGAGCUUGGCUGCUUCUUGAUACUGAAGCUGGCACAAUCACAGACUUUUCGCUAUUGGGCGGCAUCAGCUCCAGUAUUAGAUGUCCGCAAUCGGACCGGGAUGCGGGGCUGGUCUGGAAGCACUUCCCCUCAAAGCCCACCAAGGAGUUCUUCAAGGACUGGGAAAAGAAGUACACUUCGUUGGAAUGGAUACUGAUCCAGGACAAGAAUGGUAGGGAGACCGGUGAGAUAUUCAGCCAGAAGAGGGUGGGCACAGCCUCGAAGGAUCUAGCGGAGAUUCAAAGGAUAUUCAUGGAUUAUGGCUGGGGAAGUACAGAUUUCCGGAAGGAAGAGUGCAGGAAGGCUUUGAGUGAGUGGGGCAAGGCUCGGGGGCAGAGAAUCGUUGCAGAGCAUGAUAAGCUUGUGAGGGCGAAUCGUAGUCCGUCGCCGCCGGAUCCGCUGGAUGAGUUCUCUGAUUGAGGGAACUGCUUUGUGGAUGCAUGAACAUCGAUGUUGAUUCUUCCG